GAGGGCAGCUGGGCAGGGCCUGGGGGAUGGUUUGAAUUUCCAAUCAAAGGUAGAGAGGGCAAAGGCCUGGAGGGGGUGGGCCUUGGCAGAGCGUUUGGGAUACAGUGGGACAGAGCUUCAGUUAUCUGAGCCUGAGUCCCUUCUGAUGACAUCAGGAGGAGAGGUCCUGAGAUUGUGGGAGAGGAGUCUGGUCAUGAGCCCCAUUGAAAUCGGGAAAUUGAAGUUGAGAGGGGACAGUGACCUCGUUUAAAUCCUUUCUGCUGUGAGACCUUGGGCCUCACUGCUCACCUCUCUGAACCUCGGUUUCUUUACCUGUAAAAUGGGAUGCUAACUUGGCCUACUGACAAUUUCGGUGACCUCUGCAAAGUCAUAGCUGGGUGGUCUGAUCCAACGUGAGGUCCUCAACCAUACAGGUUGUGACCUCUAGCAUCAAGAGGCCAGAUAGAGUCCCUGCACUCACUAACAGCUGAUGGCCCAAGGGUCCCCCAAGGCUAGGGCCUGGAGACUGGGUCCAGCAGCCUGGCAGGGACCAGGAUUGUCCAACGCCCUUGACCCUGGCCUGCAGCUGCGGGACCGCUUCGGGGAUGUGUUCAGCCUGCAGCUGGCCUGGACGCCCGCGGUCGUGAUUAAUGGGCUGGCGGCCAUGCGCGAGGCGCUGGUGCACCGCAGCGAAGACACCUCGGACCGUCCGCCUGUGCCCAUCUUCGAGCACCUGGGCUUUGGGCCGCGCUCAGAAGGGCUGGUCAUGGCGCGCUAUGGGCAGACGUGGCGGGAGCAGCGGCGCUUCUCCGUGUCCACCCUGCGCAACUUCGCCCUGGGCAAGAAGUCCCUGGAGCAGUGGGUGACCGAGGAGGCCUCAUACCUCUGUGCCGCCUUCGAUGACCAGGCCGGACGGCCCUUCAGCCCCGACGCCCUCCUGAAUAAAGCGGUGAGCAACGUGAUCGCCUCCCUGACCUUCGGGCGCCGCUUCGACUACCAAGACCCGCGCUUCCUUAGGUUAUUGGACCUUACAGAGGACUUACUGAAAGAGGAGACCGGCUUCGCGCCACAGGUGUUGAAUGCCAUCCCCAUGUUCCUGCACAUCCCGGGGCUGCCUGCCAAGGUCUUUCCAGGGCAUAAGGCCUUCAUGGCCCUGCUGGAUGAACUGAUCGCUGAGCACAGGAAGACCCGGGACCUGGCACAGCCUCCCCGAGACCUCACUGAUGCCUUCCUGGAUGAGGUGGAGAAGGCCAAGGGGAACCCUGAGAGCAGCUUCAAUGAUGAGAAUCUGCGCCUGGUGUUGGCCGACCUGUUUCCUGCGGGCAUGGUGACCACCUCGACCACGCUGGCCUGGGGCCUCCUGCUCAUGAUCCUGCACCCGGAUGUGCAGCGUGAGCCCAGCCUGGGGGCCCGGUGGGAUGGGACAGAGAGGAGAGGGACAAGCCAGGGGCCCUGAGCUUGGUUUCACCACUGGGAGCUCUGAGCAGAGCUGGGCCCCGGCUCAGAGAUCAGAGUGACCUUCUCCUCCAUGUGGGCACAGCCCCUGCACAGGAAUCAGGAGGAGGUCGGGGUGCAACUCCCUGUGUUCUGACGACUGUGGGGACGCUUGUCUGUGCAGGCCGUGUCCAACAGGAGAUCGAUGAGGUGAUAGGGUAGGCGCGGCGACCAGAGAUGGGGGACCAGGCCUGCAUGCCCUUCACCAUGGCCAUGGUCCAUGAGGUGCAGCGCUUUGCAGACAUCAUCCCACUGGGUGCGCCCCACAUGACGUCCCGUGACAUUGAAGUACAGGGCUUCCUCAUUCCCAAGGUAGGCCU